GGCCGUCUGGUGAGGCGCAGGUUUGCGACGUUUCCGUCUGUAGUGAACGAGUGGCGGUUUCCUGCAGUGAGGUCUGGCGGACGGGGAUUAGGCCGCUGUCCUCGCCAUGGAGGUGCCGCUGCCCCCUGAAGAUCAAGAACUACGUAAUGUCAUUGACAAGCUCGCACAGUUUGUGGCUCGAAAUGGGCCGGAAUUUGAGAACAUGACUAUGGAGAAGCAGAAGGACAACCCCAAAUUUUCAUUCCUGUUUGGAGGAGAAUUCUACAGCUACUACAAGUGUAAACUUGCUAUGGAGCAGCAGCAGUUGCUGGGUUUACACGGCCCGAUUAUCGAGGAUGAACGCUCCUGUAAACGCUUGUCCCCGACAAUCUGCCCAUCUAAAGGUGCAGCCGAUCACUCGAUGAAUGAGGUGAAACAGUCGUUCGUGCAGUCACUGAUUUGCAAGCAAGCUCAGGACAUGGAACCCAAUCCUCAAAUCUCCACAAUUCCCCCUCCAGCUUUGCCUCUGCCACCUGCGUUAGUGCCACCGCCACCACAAGGUGCCCCUCCUCUAGAAGAUCUCAUUCAGCAAAGCCAGUGGAACCUUCAGCAGCAAGAACAGCAGCUCCACGCUAUGAGACAGGAGCAAGUUACGGCUGCAGUGGAGCUUGCAGCUGAACAGCAAAUGCAGAAGCUACGGGAAGAAACCCAGUUGGAUAUGAAUGAGUUUGAUAACUUACUCCAGCCUAUCAUUGACACUUGUACUAAGGAUGCCAUAUCAGGUGGCAAAAAUUGGAUGUUCAGCAAUGCAAAAUCCCCUCAGCACUGUGAGCUCAUGGCUAGCCACCUCCGCAAUCGUAUCACAGCUGAAGGAGCGCACUUUGAAUUACGCUUACAUCUCAUUUAUUUGACCAAUGACGUGUUACACCACUGUCAGCGGAAACAAGCGCGGGAUCUUCUGGCUGCCCUUCAGAAAGUAGUUGUUCCUAUUUACUGUACCAGCUUUUUAGCAGUGGAAGAGGACAAGCAGCAGAAAAUUGCACGUCUCCUUCAGUUGUGGGAGAAGAAUGGGUACUUUGAUGAAGCUACAAUCCAGCAGCUGCAGAGUCCUGCCCUUGGCUUGGGACAGCAUCAGGCUGCUUUACUGGCUGAGUACUCCAGUGUGGUACAGCCAAUCCUUAUGGCGUUCCAGCAGCAAAUUCAAACCUUACAGACGCAACAUGAGGAAUUUGUGGCUGGUCUAAAGCAACAACAACAACAACAACAACAGCAACAGCAGCAAAUUCAGAUACCGGUCAUGGAGCCAAUUCCCGAACCACCAGCUCCAGCCCCAGCUCCGCCACCUGCUCAAGUACCCCCACCAGAGGAUGUGAAACCUGCACUUUCUAUCCCUACUAUCCCUACUACUGCUGAAUUUGAGCCUCCUCCUGGGAGUGUACCAGAUCCUGGAAAUGCAGGAACCAGAGGUCCAGCACCACAUGAAUCGAUGCCUCCUAAUAAACCACCUUGGUUUGACCAGCCCCAGCCUUUGGCACCCUGGGGCCAGCAGCAGCCCUGUGAUCAGCCCCCUUUUCCUCAUCAUCAGGGCCCCCCUCAUUGCCCUCCAUGGAAUAAUAGCCACGAAGGCAUGUGGAAUGACAGAGAUCCAAACUGGAACAAUGAACCUGAACCAGCAUGGAACAAUCAGAGAGAACCUCCAUGGAAUAACCAGUUUGAAGCUCCUUGGAGUAACCAACAUGAACAACCACCAUGGGGUGGUGGGGCUCAAAGAGAUCCACAUUUUCGCAUGCAGCAUCCUCCACAUUUUCGGGGGCCAUUUCCGCCUCACCAACAGCACCCUCCACAGUUUAAUCAGCCACCUCAUCCUCAUAAUUUCAACCGAUUUCCCCCACGUUUUAUGCAGGAUGAUUUUCCCCCACGCCAUCCUUUUGAGAGACCACCUUUUCCUCAUCGUUUUGAUUACCCUCAAGGAGACUUUCCAUCAGAGAUGGGACCCCCACACCAUCACCAAGGGCACAGGAUGCCACACCCAGGCAUGAAUGAACAUCCUCCUUGGGGAGGUCACCAACACCAAGAUUUUGGCCCUCCUCCUCAUGGUUUUAAUGGGCAGCCACCUCACAUGCGUAGACAAGGACCUCCACAUGUUAACCAUGAUGACCCAAGUCUUGUUCCAAAUGUUCCGUAUUUUGAUCUACCAGCAGGACUUAUGGCUCCACUAGUCAAGCUGGAAGAUCAUGAGUACAAACCUCUUGACCCCAAGGAUAUCCGUCUCCCCCCUCCAAUGCCUCCAAGUGAAAGACUUUUGGCUGCAGUUGAGGCUUUUUACAGCCCUCCAUCACAUGACAGACCUCGGAACAGUGAAGGAUGGGAGCAGAAUGGGCUUUAUGAGUUCUUCAGAGCAAAAAUGAGAGCUCGUCGGAGGAAAGGCCCGGAUAAAAGGAGCAGGCCAUCAAGAUCCAAUAGUCGAUCAAAAAGUCGUGGCCAGUCUUCUUCACGUUCUAACUCCAGAUCUUCAAAGUCCUCCCGUUCGUACUCUAGAUCUCGGUCAAGAUCUCGGUCCAGGUCCCGGUCCUACUCUCGAUCCAGAUCAAGGAGCAGAAGCAGGUCUAGGUCAUCCCGAAGUCAUUCAAGGUCUCGAUCUAGGUCAAAGUCAUUCUCACCUGGAAGAAAACGGAGAUCUCGGUCUCGCAGUGCAACUCCACCUUCCUCUUCAGGCUUGGGUUCAGGAUCUGGAGGAAGUGUGCCAAAUGUGCGCCUUGGAGAGGAGAACAAGGGACAUCAGAUGCUGGUGAAAAUGGGAUGGAGUGGAGCUGGGGGCCUAGGUGCCAAUGAGCAGGGGAUUCAAGACCCAAUUAAAGGAGGGGAUGUGCGUGACAAGUGGGACCAGUAUAAAGGAGUUGGAGUUUCGCUUGAUGACCCUUAUGAAAAUUAUCGUAGGAACAAAAGCUAUUCCUUCAUUGCCCGCAUGAAAGCCAGAGAUGAAGUAAAGCGUGAGGGCCAGGAUCCUCCAGCACAGGAGUGAAGUAGCAGACAGUGAAGAACAUUUUUAUCAACAGUUGCAAGAAACUGGAUACUUGGAAAUUCUGCCUGGGGACAAGCUGCUAUAUCCAGGAUGGCAGCUCUGUACACUCCCAAUUCUACACCCUUUCUUCUCCUGACAUGUCUGUUAACAACUACUUGCAUUCUCUGUGUAUUAACAAUUCUGGAGCAUCUAUUAUGACUAUAACACUAUGUGUUGUGCCAUUCAUUUAUUAUAACUACUAGUUAUGAGUGAAUUGCUCGCAGUUUGCAAUGAAUGUCCAGCUGCAGUCUUAUACUAGUCAAUCAGUGCUCAGACACCCCCGCAACUGGUAACCCCCAUCUGGACCUUUAUUGCAAACAGCUAGCAAUAUAUAACAUCUAGUAAUAAUAAACAAAUGAUAAAACAUAGUUAUAAGAAUAGAUGCUCAGAAUUAGUACAUAGGAAAUUCAAAUAGUUGCUAAAACAGACAUGGUUACAGGUCCUCUUUACGUCAAGGUGGUCUCGCUGUAAUGAUUAUCGAAAUACAAGAGUGUAUGUAGCUGGUAACCAUUUUCCUGCAUACAAAUCCUAGCUUCCCAGGAUGCUCAACAUUUUUUUUUAAUAUUUUUUUUUUACCAGUAGUAUCUUAAUUUACAAUAACUUUCGCAACUUCAUAAAUCAUAUUUUUAACUCCCACACAGAUAUCAGCAGCACCAUCUAACCCAGUCAAACCCUGUAUCUAAGGGUCUGCUAGUUUUUGUUAGGAAAAUGUAUCUGUGCUUCACGUUAGUAUGGCUGUGCAAUUUUUUUUUUUUUUUAUGUGAACAUCCCUUCUCUUCCAAUUUAUUUUGUAAAAUAAACUAUUGAAUUGGACACUAAA